UCAUCAAGCGGAGAUACUUGUAGAUGUGACAGCUGUCACACCGGGGUGGACUGUGGGCCGCAAUGCAACGGUCACGGCAGAUGCGAUCAGGGCAAAUGUGUUUGUAAUAGUGGUUGGAGAGGGCCCAGGUGUGAAACUGUAGGCUGUCCAGGUGUGGGCAUUGAUUGUAGUGGCCACGGAGUUUGUUUGCUUGUUACACAACAAUGUGAUUGCUUUCAUGGAUGGAAAGGACCAGGCUGUGACAUUCCUGAUUGCCCUGGAGUACCAGACUGUAAUACACUAGGAACAUGCUACGAAGGAGUUGAUCCGCCAAUCUGUGUGAACUGUACCAAUAAUACAAUGGGUCCUGCGUGUGAAUUUCCGUGUUUUCAUGGUCAAGAAUAUCCACCUAACAGCGUGAUUUGCAAGUGUGAUCCAUGUUAUUCUGGACUUGCCUGUGAUAUUGAAUGUAACAAACGGGGGUUUUGCAAUAAUAGUGGCUGCCAGUGUGAUGGAGGGUGGAAAGGUUCCACAUGCGAAACCUUAAACUGUCCAGGCGAACCGGACUGUAGCGAACGUGGUGCCUGUGUGCAGCAAGGGUCUCCGCCCAAGGCUGUAUGUCUUUGCAAUCAAGGAUUCGACGGUGAUGACUGUAGUAAGUUUGUUUGCCCGGGACAGCCAAUGUGUAGCAACAGAGGAAACUGCACACUGCAAGGCGACUUACCAACGUGUAAGUGUGACCAUGGAUUCGACGGACAUUCCUGUGAGCGAUGUCUUCCGCAGUUUACUGGUUCCGAAUGUGACAGUUGUAUUGCAAACGUCAUUGGCUGGCCAGUUGGGUGUAACGUGGCGUGUGUUCAUGGGAACGGAACAGGUCCAAAUGAAGAUAUUUGUACGUGCCAUAAUGACUCAAAGCUUGGCUACUGGAAUGGAACCGCCUGCGACAACUGUGUGCUCGGCUGGGGUUUGCCAACCUGUACAACCUGCGACAGUACACAUGUAGGGGAGAGAUGUGAUAUCUACUGUGUUACUGCGCAUGCUCAGUACCGUGAUAAACUCGACGGAGACUGGGGAAAAUAUUCAGUCGAUCCGAUCAUCAACUGUGUUUAUAGGGAUGGUGAAGGCGAAAUGUUCGCAUGGUUUGGAUACAACAACAGAAAUCCCCAUAAUGUCUACCUCAGUGUUGGACCGAACAACUUCUUUUCCAGGCCUUAUACAGAGAUUGUUCCUGGCGGGCUAGCUGGGUUUGUUCGAAAGGUUACCGGCUUAGAAAAUGCAGCUGAUAGCCUCGUACCCCUAGAAACAGAAAAUUACGGACAACCGACCAAGUUUAGUCCUGGAAGACACGACAAGGCAUUUAGAGUCAGGUACAAUUUUAUUUGA